CUAGAGGCCUCUGUCAUUCUCUAUGGUUUCAGCCAAUCUGGCAACAACUAGCUAGUAGGAGGCGGCACUGGCAGUUGACACGGCGCACACACUUCUAUCUUCAGACAUUGGACAGACUCUUCAACAUGCUCUUGUGACCAUUAAUAUAAAUUGGCCUGACAAAUUCAACUAUUUGGGGGAGGGGAUGAUACAAAUAUACCACUUUGUAGGAAGGAGUAAAGCGACCGUCGGUCAUCACUUGCAAAUAAACACCCCGGAACUGGUUAACUAGCUAACGUUAGUAACGUUACGCUCAGUUGGCUAGCUUUUUAUUGGCAAUGUUUACUAGCGUUGGUUGCUAGCUACACAACUGUCAACACGCGUGGAGAAUAAACGUUUGGCCCGUGUACUAUCAGCAAGACAGCUUGUUCUUAACACCGAAAACUUCACGGCGACCUACCACCACUUGUAGCUCCGAAAAUGGCUUCAAGAGGGGGCUUUCCGGCUACUCAGAUGAACCCCAGUGUUAACCCCAUGAACGCUGGACAUGCAGGCGUUGGAAUGAGGAUGCCAGGAAUCCAACAGAAUUCGGGUUUCCGAGCCAUGAAUGCCACUCCCCAGUACCGUCAGCACCCUGGUAUGCCUUCCAACAGGGGGAUCCCGAUGGGGCCAAUUGGGGGCCCUGGACCCUCUUAUGGGGGCGGGAACAUGCCCUUACGCAUAGGAAUGGGGCAAUCAGCCAUGGAUGCCUCUCGAAAGCGAUUCCUUCAACAACAACCGCAGGGGGGGCUGGGAGGCCCAAGGCGUGGCAAAAGGCGCAGGAUGGCCGACAAGGUGCUACCACAGAGGAUACGAGACCUGGUUCCAGAGUCUGAGGCCUAUAUGGACCUGCUGGCCUUUGAGAGGAAGCUGGACCAGACCAUCGCCCGCAAACGCAUGGAGAUCCAGGAAGCCAUCAAAAAGCCCAUUACGCAAAAGCGCAAGUUGAGGAUCUACAUAUCCAACACCUACACUCCCGGCAAGCCAGAAGGCGAAGAGGCAGAAAAAGUGUCAUCCUGGGAACUAAGGGUGGAGGGAAAACUCCUUGAGGAUCCUGGGAAACAGAAGAGGAAGUUUUCGUCCUUCUUUAAGAGUCUGGUCAUUGAGCUCGAUAAGGAACUGUAUGGACCUGAUAACCACUUGGUAGAGUGGCACAGGAUGCCCACCACCCAGGAGACAGAUGGCUUCCAGGUGAAGAGACCAGGGGACGUGAGCGUGAAAUGCACCCUGCUCCUAAUGCUGGACCACCAGCCCCCACAGUACAAGCUGGACCCAAGACUGGCCCGGCUGCUAGGUGUACACACCCAGACACGGGCUAGCAUCAUGCAGGCGCUGUGGCUCUACAUCAAGAACAACAAGCUGCAGGACAGCCACGAGAAGGAGUACAUCAACUGCAACCGCUACUUCAGACAGAUUUUAGGCUGCACACGUAUGCGGUUCUCUGAGAUUCCCAUGAAGCUGGCUGGCCUGCUGCAGCAUCCUGACCCCAUCAUCAUCAAUCACAUGAUCAGCGUGGACCCGAACGACCAGAAGAAGACGGCGUGCUACGACAUUGACGUGGAGGUGGACGAUCCUCUGAAGGCCCAGAUGAAUAGUUUCCUGUCCUCCACUACCAAUCAACAGGAGAUUGCCGCCCUGGAGAUGAAGAUCCACGAGACCAUUGAGUCUAUUAACCAGCUGAAGACCCAGCGAGACUUCAUGUUGAGCUUCAGCAACAACCCGCAGGACUUCAUUCAGGACUGGCUCAAGUCCCAGAGUCGAGACCUCAAGUUGAUGACGGACGUGGCAGGAAACCCAGAGGAGGAGAGGAGGACUGAGUUUUACCAGGCCCCCUGGGUGCCAGAAGCUGUGGGCCGAUACGUCUACUCUAAGGUGCAGCAGAGAAGACAGGAGUUGGAGCAGGUGCUGGGAAUUCGACUCACCUGAGUCCUUAUGGAGCGUAGCUCCCCAAUCCACUAAAACAAAACAAGGCACAUUUUUAAGAUGGUCUUAAACUCCCAGUUUUACAUUAAUCAUAUCCAAAACACAACCACAGAACUGGAAUCCGCUUCUAUCAAUUCGCAUUGCCUUUUUCAACCACUUUGUAAUAGCAUAUGUUUAUAUAUAUAUAUAUUAUUCUAUAACUAUUGCAGCUAAUGUGUCUUUCAAUCACAAAGCCUUAUGUCCUUAUGGGAAUGGUUUGGUGCAAUGGUUUCAGCAGGGUAAAGGCUUUUGGGUACUUGUCUGGUAUCUGUUAGUAGUGUUUUUUUUCUCCAAAGUAAUUACUUUGAGACCAAAGUAAUGAUUUUACAUGGUCUUGCUUAUAGUCUCGUCUUUCUCCACAUUACGAGGGAUACUGUUUGACAGCCAGCUGAUUCAAAUAUUUGCCUUUUUAUAAUAUUGCAAGAUGUACAAAUGAGUUUGUAGCUUUCUUCCCACAUUUUGCUUAUGAUGUCUUAACUUGAGUCAAAACAACUUGGACAGUACCAAUGCUUAUGUGCCAUUUUGUUGUGUGUGUUUUUACCAUAGUUUUUCAAAGCUAUGGAGAUGAUUAGUUAGGGGAAAGUACCUAAAGCCUAGUAGCCUUUACACAAACAACGCUUGUUAGAAAUACAGAAUAAUAUCCUAGAAUCCAUGUUUGGACAGGACACUCAGGAAAUCGUAGUGCUGGUAAAGGGGCUGUUCUAUUCGCUAGGAAAGGAGCCCACUUUGUCCAGCUGUUUCAGUCAAUUUGGAUUUGUGUUUCUCUGUUCACAUGCUGUUUUGAUUGGUUGUUAGGGUAUUUCACUGUCUGAAUUCCAAAGGGGUGGAAGAUUGGCAGUUUGGGUGGGUGCAAGGGGGUCUCCUAAAAGGAAUACUUUGUGAUUGAUACCGUUUGUCUCUGCAUCCAGUAUAAGGAACUUGGAGGUAGUAUCGCGAGCCACUGAUAACUGGCGUUAGCGCAGUGACUGGAAGUCUAUGGUAUUUACUAGCAUGCUAAUAGUUUCCAUAUACUUCCAGGCAUUGCACUAAUGCUUGUUAGCAACUUCCAAACUGCACGCAGGAACAUAACAGGGUAUCCACAAGUUCAUCUGACUCUGGGGAAGUGGAUAAAGGGCUUCAUUGCCAAAAUCCUGAAGUAUCUCUUUAACUUAAUUUAGGAAGUCUGAAACUGUUAUUUGAAUUAAUAAGAAUCCAAACCAUAGUAGUACUUCACAAUGUGCAUAUGGUUGUCCACCAUUGUAUUUUCAUGUAAGUCUUAAAGGGAUAAUCCACCACAAAUUCCUAUGAUUAACAGAUUAAUGCCAGUCCAUAUCAGCAUGUGAGGUAGCUAGCUACCUGUAAAAUCACCUAGAGAAACUGCACUGUCAAUUUAGGAGUCUUAACCCUGUUUAACUUGCAGUUCGUCUCUGGCCAGAGCUUCAUACAAUCAUUGGCCCACAGCAAGUGCAGAGAAUGUUGCUAUGGCAACUAUGGCCCUUUCCCACAGACACACAGGGUGCAUUGCGAUAUGGUACUUGAAGGAGAAACUGGGUUGAAUAAUUUGAUACACUGUUUAGAGUGAGCACAUCUAAGCAAAAUAUGAACUCUGUGAUGCCGGUAUAAAUGGAUGGAUGUGUUCUAGAGAAGUAUGCCCAUAUCAUCUAUUGGCAGAUUUGGCGAUCUGGAGUGGAGGUAAUUGUUUUAAAAGCGCUAUUAAAUGUAAUGGGGGAUAACACUAUCUCCAGUGACAAGAACCAUGUAGCUAUGAUACGUUCCUACACGAUUUUCACAGACUGACCACUUAGGAGUUAAAUCAUUUAUUUUACCCAGUGAUAGAACAGGCUUUCCCCAAAUUGACAGGCUUUACAUGACUUUAAUUUCUGGGGUUGGAUUAUCCCUUUAAUCAAUUCUGAACAAAAAUGUAAACUCAACAUAAUAGUAAUUUCAAAGAUUUUGAGUUACAGUUCAUAUAAGGAAAUUAGUCAAUUGAAAUAAAUAAAUAAAUGAGGCCCUAAUCUAUGGAUUUCACAUGACUGGGCAGGGAUGCAGCCAUUUGGUGGGCCUGGGAAGUCCUAGGCCCACCCACUGGGGAGCCAGGCCCAGCCAAUCAGAAUGAGUUUUUCCCCACUAAAGGGCUUUAUUACAGAUGAUCCUGCAGAUGAAGAAGCUGGAUGUGGCGUUCCUGGGCUGGCGUGGUUACACGUGGUUGUGAGGCCGGUUGGAUGUACUGCCAAAUGAUCUAAAAAAAACAACAUUACAUUCCUGCACUCAGCACGCUCCCUCAACUUGAGACAUCUGUGGCGUUGUGUGACAACUGCACAUUUUUAAAGUGGUGUUUUAUUGUACCCUACACAAGGUGUACCUGUGCAAUGAUCAUGCUGUUUAAUCAGCUUCUUGAUUUGCCACACCUGUCAGAUGGCUGGAUUAUCUUGGCAAAGGAAAAAUGCUCACUAACUGGGACAUGCAGAAACUGAGAGAAAACAGCUUUUUGUGUGUGUGUACAGGACUUUUUGUUUCAAGCUCAUGAAACACUUUCUGUGUUUUUUUUGUUUUUUUUCAGUGUAGCUUGAAUGUUUUAUAUGCAGGUUUUUACUUUAGGAAAAUGUCUAAAUGCCUAUGAACGUUCCAAGAAUCUGAUUUUUGUCAGUGCCAAAAUUGUUCUUGUGAAAGAGAGCAGUUACGUUUCAAGGAAUCUCACUGCUGUGCCUGUUCCGCUUGAUUUUCUACGAUAUCUUUGUAGAAGUUUGCAUGUUUUUGUAUCCUCAAUUGAAAGCUUUUAUACAAUUAUACUCGGGGGUGCCUUUGGAAUAUUUCAUAAAAUAAAUAUACUUGAAGAAACA